AGUGUGGGACAGAAGGAGCUACAGGCCCCCUCCCACAUUAAAGAGGAGCAGCUUCAUGAUGAAGAUGAAGCUCAGUCCUUACAGCUUCAUCACAGUCAAAGUGAGGAGAACAGAGGGGCGGAGCUUGUAAGUCAACACAUCACAGAAGCUGAUGGAGAGCAUUGUGAAGAUAUCAAGUCAGAACCAGACAGCAUCUUUGCUCCACUGUCAGACAUGGACCACAUGAUGUCACACUCUUCUGAUCACAGUGACCACAUCCAAAAACCUUUGGAGAGUAAAAAUGACUCUAAAGGUGAUACGAGACAUCACACUAACAACAAACACUUUGACUGCUCUGAAUGUGGGAAAUCAUUUAGACAGAAGAGUAAUUUUACAAGACACAUUAGAAUACAUACUGGAGAGAAACCUUUUACUUGCUCUGUUUGUAAGAAGAGUUUCUCCAGAAAGGAACAAAUGACCACGCACAUGAGAACACACAUUGGAGAGAAACCUUUUACUUGCUCAGCUUGUGCUAAAAGAUUCAAAACUAAGAAAGACAUGACCACACACAUGAGAACACACACAGGUGAGAAACCUUUUGCUUGCUCAGCUUGUGCUAAAAGAUUCAACACUAAGAAAGACAUGACCAAACACAUGAGAACACACACAGGUGAGAAACCUUUUACUUGCUCUGUUUGUAAGAAGAGUUUCUCCACAAAACAUUACAUGACCACACACAUGAGAACACACACUGGAGAGAAACAUUUUACUUGCUCUGUUUGUAAGAAGAGUUUCUCCAGAAAGGAACAAAUGACAAUACACAUGAGAACACACACUGGAGAGAAACACCACACGAUGUCAGACUCUUCUGAUCACAGUGACCACAUCCAAAAACCUUUGGAGAGUAAAAAUGACUCUAAAGGUGAUACGAGACAUCACACUAACAACAAACACUUUGCCUGUUCUGAAUGUGGGAAAUUAUUUAGACAAAAGAGUAAAUUUACAAGACACAUGAGAACACAUACUGGAGAGAAACCUUUUACUUGCUCUGUUUGUAAGAAGAGUUUCUCCAGAAAGGUUGACAUGACCACACACAUGAGAACACACACUGGAGAGAAACAUUUUACUUGCUCUGUUUGUAAGAAGAGUUUCUCCACAAAGCCAUACUUGACCAGACACAUGAGAACACACACUGGAGAGAAACCUUUUACUUGCUCUGUUUGUAAGAAAAGUUUCUCCACUAAGCAAAGCAUGACCACACACAUGAGAAUCCAUACUGGAGAGAAACCUUUUACCUGCUCUGUUUGUAAGAAGAGUUUCUCCACAAAACCUAACAUGACCACACACAUGAGAACACACACUGGAGAGAAACAUUUUACUUGCUCUGUUUGUGCUAAAAGAUUUAACACUAAGAGAGACAUGACCACACACAUGAGAACACACACUGGAGAGAAACCGUUUAGUUGCACUGUGUGUGAUAAGAAGUUCAGGUUUAAGAAUCAGGUCAGUAAACACAAGUGUGUAACAGUCAUGGAAGCUGCAGGGAUGUAAAAACACUUAAACAGUGAUUGUGCUAAAUGUAGUUUAAAAACACAGCAUGUUUAAAGGGGAACAUUAUCACAAUUUCAGAAGGGUUAAAACCUUUAAAAUUCAGUUCCCAGUGGCUUAUUUUAUUUUUCGAAGUUUUUUUCAAACUUUUACCUAUCACGCAAUAUCCCUAAAAAAAGCUUCAAAGUGCCUGAUUUUAACCAUCGUUAUAUACACCCGUCCAUUUUCCUGUGACGUCACAUAGUGAUGCCAACACAAACAAACAUGGCGCAUAGAACAGCAAGCUAU